AAAAAAAAAACUCACUAAAAUUUCCCUCCCAUUUGAUGUUUCGGUGAGAAAAUCAAGAAUAAGGGGACACAGAGACUCUGCAGAAUUGGAUUUUAGCAGCAGCUCUUCUCUCUUCUCUCGGCAAAAGAUUAACAAAGUAGAAUUGAAGGGAGUAGAAAAUGGCUAAGCAGAAGAGAGAUAGAAACAAUCUCAUCGCUUUGACAGGAGCCGCUGCUCUUGUUGCUAUUGCAGUCAACUUUGCUAUCUCCGCUAUCAACAACAAACAUCGAAAGAAAAAAGAUGUUCCAGGUUCAAAAGUUCGAGUGGACCUAUCUGCUUCUGAAAUUAUGAAAUUGGCAGAAAGCAUAAUUAAAAAAUCGAAACAGGUUCAUGAUGCUGUUGCUUCGAUUCCACUUGACAAGGUUGGCUAUGUAAAUGUGAUAUUGCCAUUAGCAGAGUUGGAGGCACAGCAGUUCCCAUUGAUCCAAUCAUGUGUCUUUCCUAAAUGGUUAUCAGCUUCUGAGGAUGUACGCAAAGCUAGUGCUGAAGCAGAGAGGAAAAUAGAUGCUCACAUUACAAUGUGCAGGUCCUUCAACAAGCUCUUCAUGCAGCAUUCUUAUCUAGGAUUCCCAACUUGCCAUGCUGAGUCUUAUUUCUAAACUCCCAUCAAUACACAAGAAGCGCGAGGAUGUGUACAGAGUUGUCAAAGCUUUGACAGUAACAGGGGACGGAUGGACUACUGAUGCUAAAAGCUUUACUCGGUUCCUGGUUCGAGAAUUUGAAAGGAAUGGUGUGAAUCUGACCUUAUCUAAGAAAGAGGAGUGGCAGCGUUUAACAGCAAAUAUAGACGAGCUAAGCAUGCAAUACAUUCGUAAUCUGGAUGAUGAUUGUAGUUUUCUACUUUUCACUGACAUGGAGCUUGAAGGGUUACCCCAGGAGUUUCUCAAGAGCUUAGAAAGAUCUGAAGAUGGUAAAAGAAAAAUCAUUAUGAGAAGCCAUCAAAUUUCACCAGUUCUGGAGCUUUGCAAGGUUGGAUCAACCAGAAGAGCUGUUGCUAUUUCUUAUGGGCACAGAUGUGAAGCCAAUGUUACUAUCCUUGAACAGCUGAUUCAGUUGCGUCACAAACUUGCUAGAUUGCUUGGCUUUGCAAAUUAUGCUGACUAUGCCACUGAUGAUAGAAUGGCAAAGUCUUCCUCUAAGGUGUUUGAAUUUCUGGAGAAUCUCUCUGCCAGCUUAAAUGAUUUAGCCUACAGGGAACUUUCAAUGCUUAAAGCAUUAAAGAAGAAAGAGGAAGGUGAAUCUCCUUUUGGCAUGGAGGAUCUCUCAUACUACGUCAAAAGAAUCAAAGAUCAACAAUUCCAUAUAAAUUUUGGAGUAAUUAGACAAUACUUUCCUAUCAAUUUGGUUUUAUCAGGCAUCUUCAAAAUAUGCCAAGAUUUAUUUGGCUUAGGUUUCAAGGAAGUUGAAGGUGCUGCGGUUUGGCAUCCAGAUGUUCAACUUUUUUCAGUUUCGGAUCUUAGUUCUAAAGAACUUGUUGGUUAUUUUUAUCUAGAUCUGUACUCCAGAGUAGGCAAAUAUGCUCACACCUGUGUCAUAGCUCUUCAGAAUGGCUUAUUAAGUAAUGGUUCUAGACAGAUUCCUGUGGCGCUACUUGUUUCUCAAUUUGAAAAGGAAGUUGAUGGUCACCCUGGGUUAUUGCAAUUCUCGGAAGUGGUUAAUCUUUUUCAUGAAUUUGGUCAUGUGGUACAUCACAUUUGCAACUGUGCAUCAUUUUCCAAAUUAUCAGGGCUGCGUCUGGAUCCUGAUUUUGUGGAGAUCCCUGCCCUUUUGAUGGAGAAUUGGUGCUACGAAAACCUCUCCUUGAGACUGAUCUCAGGCUUUCAUCAGGAUAUCACAAAGCCCAUUAAGGAUGAUCUUUGUAAAUCACUUAAGAGAUGGCGCUGCUCCUUCUCAGCACUGAAAUUGAAACAGGAAAUCUUUUAUUGUCUAUUCGAUCAAAUUAUUCAUUCAACUGAGAAUGUUGAUAUUAAUGGGCUGUUCAAGCAUCUCUAUCCGAAGGUUAUGGUAGGAUUACCGCUUCUAAGAGGAAUAAACCCAGCUUCAUGUUUUCCACGAACUGCUAUUGGCUAUGAGGCCACUUGCUACAGUCACAUCUGGAGUGAGGUCUUUGCUGCUGAUAUAUUUGCCUCGAAGUUUCAUGAUGAUAUUUUCAACCUGCAAACAGGCUUGCAGUUUAGGAAUACGGUGUUGGCUCCAGGAAGAGGAAAAGACCCCCUUGAAAUGUUGUCAGAUUUUCUUGGGAGGGAACCAUCAAUGCAAGCUUUUCUUGACAAGAGAGCUGAUACAUAUUAGAGCUUUGUUUCACUUUUAAUAGCAGGGUGAUUUUUUCUGCCCCAUCCUGUAAAGUUAUAGAAGCUGGCAAGAAUAUGCUAUUUCUCAUCAUGAUGGAUAAUACUCUCUAGGAGAAGAAACAAAAAAGACCAGAAAUGUGUAAUGUGGUUGAGCUGCUGCUAAUGUAAUGUUAUUCUCCCUACUUUUUGUAUCAAAUUUUUGAAAGGUCCAUAAGUAGAACAAAAAUCAUCAUUUAGUCUGAAAAAA